AAUUGUCAAUCAUAAAAAAUAUUACAAAUGCAAUUUUCUAUCUGUUUGCCUAUUUUACAAACAUUUGCAAGUGCCAACCGUUAUUUAUCUUAUCUUUUUGUACAUUUAUGUAAAUAAACGUUUAUGUUUCUAAUAAUGUUCAUUGUCAUGUAAGCCUGCAACUGUUUUCUCUUACUCAGUGAUGAUGAUUUAGUAUGAAAAUAAAUAUUUAAAUUUAAUAAGGUUGUUUUAAAUAAAAUAAUAAUAUUAACUACUCACAAUGGAGUACGAUAAAGAAGACCAUACAUGGCGACGACGAUCGUCGGCUACGUUGAAGCAAACAACUUGUCAGCCAAUGCCAAAAAGAUCACACACAGUUGCUGUUAUUGUAUUAGGAUUAGCCGUACUCAGUUGUUUGUUAGGAUACUGUGUCCUUAGCGAAACUCUACCCUAUGAAUCUAAAACAUUGCGUCUUGUGAUUGUUCUAUUUCGUCAUGGUGCUAGAACUCCAAUAUCAAGUUACAAAAGUGAUCCUUUUAAGAAUUAUCAAUGGCCUGAUGGACUUGGCAGCUUAACAAAUGCUGGAAAACUGCAACUAUAUGAGUUAGGUAAAAAGUACCGUAACUAUUAUGCUAACUUUAUCCCUGAGGAAUAUUACGAGAAGGAUGUCUAUGUAAUGAGUAGUGAUAAGUCUCGUUGCUUGAUGAGCGCAUACACAUUCCUUGCUGGUCUUUUUCCACCAUCAGACCGACAGACAUGGCAUCCAGAGUUACCAUGGCAACCAAUACCUGUACAUUCCCUGCCUAAGGAUUUGGACGAUAUAGUAGCACAGACAAAACCAUGCAAAGUUUGGAAGUCAAUGUACGAAGAGUUGUUAGAAGAGGCCAAUUCUGAUCCUAAGUUUGCUGAACUAUUUGAUUAUCUUAGUAAACACACAAAUCAGAGUAUGCGGAGCGUUUUAAACGUAGAUUUCCUGUACAGUACUUUGCAAACACAACAGGAAGCAGGACUGAAACUUCCGGAUUGGACAAAGAAUGUAUUCCCAAAUAAAAUGCGUACUCCGUUUAUGCUUAGUCUUGCUUUGUUAUCAUACAAUCAAACUUUACAAAGACUCAAAGUAGGUCCAUUUCUGAAUGAAAUAAAAAUGAAUUUACAAGAUAGUGUGAGUCAUACAAACUUGGAUCGUUCACUGUACAUCUAUUCGGGGCACGAUGUGACGGUGGUCGGUCUGUGGCGUACACUCGGCUAUAGUGAGUUGUUAGAACCUGAAUAUGGCGCCAGUCUUGUGCUUGAACUGCAUGAAGAAGUUGAACAAGACACAUUUUUUGUUAAGUUAUUCUAUCGUAACAAUACAAAAGUGGAAGUUCCGAUGGAGUUGAAUAUGCCAUUCUGUGAUGAUCCUUGCACUUACAAUCGUUUUAUCCAACACAUUGAAACAUUGAUUCCAAAUAAUUGGGAGGAGGAAUGUCAAAACUGAAAAUUAUGAUGCUCUCCGUUAUGUUAAGUAUUUAAUCUAUAUUGUUCACAACUCAUUGAAAGUUAAUCACGUAAAUUACAUAUUUUUGUGUGUUUUUAUGUAUGUCAAUUCAAUUAAAUGACUGAACUGAUUUUGGCAAGUUAUGCAACUUUCGAGUAGAUUCCUUCUUAUAAGUCUUUACGGAGUCAGUCGGGCUUAUCGAUUUUUUAAGUAACAAAUCUAUGGAGUUUUUUAGCUUCCAUAGAAAAGGAAACAUUUUACAUUCUCACAGAGUUUAUUCGUGUUGUUCAAGCUAUAGUAACACUUAGGCUAUAUUUUUGAAUUUCUAUUUUACUCG